AUGAACAUAAAUUACAUCUUUCCAUCAACUGAUCAAGAUUCAAUUGACCAAUUGAAAUACCUUUUAUUAGAUUCUCGAAAUUCAGAUUCCCUUUCUCCCCAGACUAUAAUCACCUUAGAAUAUUCUGAUCAGUCAAUCAGCCAAACAUAUGACAGACGUUUUGUAUUAGUAUCUGAAUCUCAAUAUCGACAUGGUGUGAAAAAGUGGAUCAACUAUUCAGAAUCUUUGUGUUCCAGUGAAUUUUGCCUGGUAAUUGAUGCAGACAAUGCAAAUCGUUUUAAUUUAUUCGACAGUAUAGCAUGUGGUUGUAUUCCAGUGAUUGUAAAUGACGAUAUUGUUUUACCAUUCUCUGAAGUUCUUGACUGGAAUAAAAUGGCUAUACGAAUUCCUAGAAUUAAAUUUCAAAAGGUACCAUCUAUACUCUCGACAUAUUCAUCAAGAGAGAUACUUCUUCUUCGGAAACAAAUAAUGUUUGCCUAUGAACGUUAUUUUUCAUCAAUAGAGAAAAUCAUGAUCACUACACUAGAUAUACUAAAUGAUCGCGUCUUUCCUCAAUAUUCACGAUCUUAUGCUGAAUGGAAUUAUCCUGAUUAUUCUGCAAAUGCAUUUCCGAUAUCUCCGGUUCUAUUUUAUCCAGCUAAAGCUUUCCCACAGGCAGGAUUCACUGCUCUUAUUCGAGCUCAUAGUCACUUCGCACUACUUAGUGUUUUGUUAAAAUCAAUACAGUAUGUAAAAUAUUUACAACAAAUUGUAGUUGUAUGGACAAGUAAAGCGUAUCCUGUUCCUGAUACCAUACUAUGGCCAUCACUAAAGGUACCGUUGAGUGUAGUGCGUCCAGCUUAUGGUUCAGUAAAUGGUCGAUUUUUUCCUUAUCGACAAAUAAGAACAGAAGCAGUUUUUUCUAUUGAAGAAGAUACAUGUCUACCAUCUGCUGAAUCAGUUGAACGUGCAUUUGAACUAUGGUGCCAAAAUCCUGAACGAUUAGUCAGUUUAUCUGGAAGACAAUCUGAACAGCUUUCUUGGCAUCUGUUUUACAAUAAUGGUAAUAAUAAUCAGUCGUUUUCUGCCACUUUCCCUGCAGUCUUUUUCCAUAAGCACUACUUACAUCUGUAUACCGAUCUGCUGGCUGUCCAUGUGAAAUCAUUUGUCGAUAAGUUGGAGACAUGUGAAGAUGCUUUCUUGUAUUGGCUUAUUGUACAAACAUCUGGUGGCCAGUCAAUAUUGAGCACUUCUCCUGUGUACAAUUAUAAUUCAUCCAAUUUGUAUAAUUUUACCAAUCCAUUAUUGAAUGAAUGUCGUCCUGUGCCUAAACAUUGUUCACUUCAUGUAAAUCAAUUAUCAUCUUUUGUGAAAAGCUUUCGUCAAUCAAGUUAUCCUUUCAAAGUUUCACAGUUAACUGCUGAUGCCUUAUAAUAAAAUGCAAGAUUGGAUUAUCUGCCUUCUGCUGUUGUUAUUCAUAUUAACAUUAAUAUUGUUUAUAUAACUGCAUUUAAUUCGUCUG